AUGUCAUGGGUUACAGAUGCGAGUGCUUUGGAAAAAACUGUAUAUAGUCGUCGUUCAUGUAAACUCGUUCAUCUCAUUAAUGACUUGCGGGAUGCUGGAGCACAUAUUGAGCUCUCUCUACCCACACUCGUUGUUUGUGGUAAUCAAAGUGUAGGAAAGUCCAGUUUGGUUGAAGCGAUUUGUGGCAUCACUUUGCCAAAGGCUGCUGGUACAUGCACUCGGUGUGUUACCGAAGUUCGACUGUCAGAGUAUUCUGAUGUUGGUCCAGUGGAUUCGGUUCGUAAAAAAUCCGUUGCAGGCGAUCGUAACAGCACUGAAAGUACAAUCACUCAAGGUGUAUACAUUGAUGCUCUCGAUACAGUCAGCAGUGGUUCUGUUCCUAGUGCAUUCCAUAUUGAUGGUCAUGAAAAAGAAUCUUCUACUUGGUCAUGCACCAUCACUCUCCGUUUUGAAUACGAUGAGGCUGGUAUUCCACUUAGAUCCAUCAGGGAAGUUCUAUUCGGUCCACCUCUUGUUGAAAAAUCUCUGGUUGCUUUGGCUGUUCGUCGAGCCCAAAAAGCUUUGUUGAAUCCCACACUCGAUCCAUCUGUUUUUCUCACUCACAUCUUUACUGACAACGAUCAAUCAAACUCGGAUACUAAAUUCAAUCAGCUCAAGUUUACAAAAAAUAUCGUAUGUUUGGAUAUACAGGGUGCAGGCAUUAAUCUCGCCUUGGUAGAUCUUCCUGGUAUUAUCCGUAAUGUGGAGCAUCCCGACGAUGCAAUGUUUAUUCCAAUGAUUGAGGAUCUUGUGAAAUCGUACAUUCAAAAAGAAAGAACAAUCAUUGUGGCGACAAUUACAUGCAAGGAUGAAAUGGAAAAUCAAGCAAUCGUGCAUUUGGCAAGAGAGGUAGAUCCAACAGGUAUAAGAACCAUUGGCGUAUUGACAAAACCAGAUACAAUUGAAUCCGGGACGGCUGCAAGGUGGGCUGAUAUACUGAUGGGUAACUUGUAUCCUCUUAAACUCGGUUAUUUUAUGGUUCGUUGUUUAAGCAAGGCUGAACUCGCUGCUGGAAAUACGUUGCAGGAUGCACAAAAGCUGGAAAAUGCAUUCUUUGCUCAAUCGCAACCAUGGUCUACUCUACGUCGCAAAUCUGCCAGAUUUGGUGCUCCUGCCCUUAGAUUCGAACUGAGUCGUCUUCUCAUCAACUUGGUCGAUAUGAGUCUUCCACAGAUCAAAUCUUUAACUGAAACUGCUAUCGAGGAUGCAAUCGCUGAGUUGGGAAGUAUUCCUCCUGCUCUAGGUGAAAAUGCUCGUAUUGAGCUGUUUCAAAUGAUUCGACACUAUUGCACAUUGGUGACAUUCAACAUUAAUGCUCAGCACGAUUUUAAGCUAUUUUAUCAAAAAGUUAGAAAAUGUUUUGAAGGAUUGCGCGAUCAAAUCGUAGAUACUAGACCAAGAUUCGAUUUGGAAAAAAAAGGAUACUCUGCCACUGUUGCACCUGGAAACUUUACCGAUUCAUUCAAACCAGAUGUAAAUGAUCCACCCUUGAAUGUUUCUAAUAUUUCAAAACAAGACACCUCGUCUUCAAAAAAACCAACGCCUGGAGCAUCCUUUUCACUUGCAUCAUCUUUUUCAAUGGUGAUUCCAAGUAUGUUUGUAUCCAAUUCAAACCACACAGUGUCGAGUGAUUCCAUCAAAGCUAGUACGGCUAAAGCAAACGAUUCUGGAUCAAACCCCUAUACACAGUUUCACCCACCCAGCCUCAACUCGACUCCAACAUCAUGGAACACCUCAGUUGCAGAGGCUUGUAAACUCAAUAUGCGACGUGCACUUACACUGGCAGAUCUACAACGGGUGGUGGAUGCACAAAAAGGUCGCGAGCUACAAGGCUAUUCACCCUAUGGAGCAUUCACGUUUUUAAUUGCUGCAUGUCAGGAAGAAUGGAAACGGUACGCUAUCGAAUGUCUUACCAAUGUGGCAAAUGAACUUGCUCAAUUACUACUCGAUUUGACUGAGCAAGUGUUUGGUCGGUUUGCAAACCUUCAAGCACAAUUAAGACUUUUUACGCAAAUGUUUUUGAACGAGCUGCAAAGAGUGUCCAUGGAACAAAUUCAUCACGUAAUUGAAAUGGAGAUGCGACAUCCAUUUACGUUAUCGUCGAGAGUAUUUGUUGAUCGUAAAGCACGGUAUAUUAAAAUUUUGAAUGGGUCAGUGGAUUCAACUGCAUCUACACCUAUUACACCAUCGACGUCAUCGAUCGAGGAUACAUUUCGUGCUUCGUCUAUAUUUGCUCAGGAUGGGUUUUUUCAUCUUUCGAUUGCUGGAAAGCUGAAAUCGUAUCAUUCUACUGAUAUUUCGAUUUUGGAUUUGAUGGCAUCUACUCUUGCGUACAUGGAGAUUGCAAUUGGAAGAGUGUGCGACACGAUUCCUAUGACGAUUGAACAUCAUUUCCUAGCUCGAUUUGGGGAUAUGCUUGAAAAGGAGUUGGUUAGUCAAUUGGGAGUUUUGGAUGGAGAUGCUGAAGGCAUUGAGGUGUUAUUGAGGGAGGAUUGGGGCGUGGCGGAAAGAAGAGCAGAUGUGGAAGCUAAAAAAGAUCGUUUGGAGAGUGUUUGGCGAAGUUUACACAAUUUUGGAAUUUAAAUGCUUGAUCCAAAUCCAUGCCUGCAUACACAUUCAAAAACUACAUUCCACUGGAUCACUCGAACAAAUAAAUACAUUGAAACUAUCGAUUUAAAAUGAUAUACGUUUAUUCUGUAUUGGGUUCGUACCCGACUAUAACAAAUGGAACAGUGGUUCAUGAUCGAAUAAAAUAUACCCAAAUAUCACUAAACCCAUUAAAUGACUACACUACAAAAAUACAAUUAAAGUGUAGGUUUAAAUCAACAACAAUGACAAACGGUAAAUCAAAAGUGAAAGAAACAGAUGAAGCAAUAAAAUACAAGUCAAAAGCCUCGAAUGAAAAGGAAUGAUGGAAAAUGAAAGCCAGUCAGAAAGCAGAAGCAUGGCAUAUGAUGAUUCAACCCAGUACGGGGUUUAGAGUCCAGGAGUGCUUUGAGAUGCUAAAUGAAUUUGAAAUUGCUUCAACUGCUGAUCUGUGUAGUUCAGCAUAUACAUCAAGUAGGCCAACAUCAAUGCAUUCAAUACAAUCAGCACGCCAAUGAGUGUAACCAAGGUGCUCUGGUCAGUGCUUGCAAGUGAACUAUGUUUUGAAUCGAUAUGGUUUAUGUUUUUGGGUGCCAGCACCCCAUAAUAAGGUUUUUCUGCAGUAUCAGAAAGUAGAGGAGUAUUAGACGAAACUUGGCGUUUCUCGCGGUAUCGCAUCGAAGAGAUCUCGGGUUGCGGUGCGUUUGUAUUCGUCAAGUCUGAAGGUUGAAGAGACUCACUUGUAGAUAUAUUUAAAGGAGUAGGCGAC